AAUUUUCGAGGAGCCUUCGGUUCCCUGGAUGUCCGACCUUCCGACAUCUGAUAAGUUGAAACCCUAACCGGUUAGCUGAUCGCCGGAUCUCAAAAUUUUAGCCAUGGAUGCCAUCAGGAAGCAGCUGGACGUCCUCAUGGGAGCCAAUAGAAACGGGGACGUGACAGAAGUCGAUCGCAAGUACUCUGAUCGCGAUGUCUGCCGGCUCUUCCUCGCCGGCCUUUGCCCACACGACCUCUUUCAACUAACGAAAAUGGACCUGGGUCCCUGUCCAAAGGUGCAUUCCUUGCAGCUAAGAAAAGAUUACGAAGAAGCGAAAGCGAAAGGUAUGCACAACUUUGAUAGAGAACUUGAAGAUUUAAUUGAAAGACUUAUUGUAGAGUGCGAGAGAAAAAUUCAAAGAGCUCUAAAGCGUUUAGAGAGUGAGGAUGCUAAGGCUGCCAUAGCAAUAUCUGUUUCUGAAGUGACACAGACACCAGAAGUGCUGGAGUUGUCCAAACAAAUCAAGGAGAAGUUGAAGGAAGUUGAUGCUUUUGAUUUAGAAGGAAAAACUGACAGUAAAAUCCGGGCUCAAGAAGCGGUAGAAGAGCUCAGAGCAAAAAGAGCUGACAAACAGGCAAUGCUUCUCCUUGAUGCUUUUAACAUAGAUAGAGCGUCUUUACCACAACCACAUCAGGGACAUCCACCGUUGGCUCCUGUCCCUGCUUCCCAUCCUCCAGAUCCUCGCACCCAGGAGAUGAUUAACGAAAAACUGAAGAAGGCAGAACAUCUUGGUGAGCAAGGAUUAAUAGAUGAGGCACAAAAAGCCUUGGAAGAGGCGGAAGCUCUAAAAAAGUUAAGUGCUAGGCAAGAGCCAUCGUCAGUGGACUCUUCAAAGUACACUGCUGCUGAUGUUCGAAUUACUGACCAAAAGUUGCGUGUCUGCGACAUAUGUGGAGCUUUCUUGAGUGUUUAUGACAGUGACCGUCGAUUGGCCGAUCAUUUUGGAGGGAAAUUGCAUUUGGGUUAUAUGCAGAUCCGCGAGAAGAUUACAGAACUUCAGGAGGAAAGAAAUAAGUCCAGAAAGAGAGAGCGAUCUGAUUCUCGUGACAAGAGAGACGGAAUUGAGGACCGAAGGGAGCGUGGUCGGGAUGACCGAAGUGGUAGCCGGGAAAGAGGCCGUGAACAUGAUUUGCGUGACAGGGAGCAUGAUAGGAAUGAUAGAGAUCGGGCCUCGAACCGUGACCGUGAUAGGGAUUUAGCUCGAUCUCGCCAUCGUGAUUCUAGAAGCAGGCGAAGAUCUCGUUCUCGCUCCCCUGAACGUUUGAGAGAUUAUGAUCGACAUAGACGCCAUGAUCGGCGUUGAAGGUGCUGCUCAGUGCAGACGAAGUGAAUUUCCUUCCCUCCAUGCGGAGCUGUGGAUCUGAGAGGUUUUUUUUCCUAAAUAGCUGCUUGUUCGUGAAAAUUUAUGAAUACCCAUCGUAGGAAGUGUGAUGCUAUAAGGCUUUAUUUUGCCCAACUAUUCUACUUCUGGUAAGGUGGCUCAUGCGCUCUGAUGCAUGCAUGCUGAAUUUUAGAUGUCAACAACUGGGACAAUUUUUAUAAUUUGCUGCAUCUUUCCAGUUC